CAACCUUUAUUAUGCACAACAACAAAAACACAUGUUCCUCUUGACUUGAUCGAGACAAGUUCAAGCCAAUGUCGAGCGAAGUGACCCUCAAUCUGCGGACUUCUGUGCCUAAAAUGGCCCCUCAACCCCGUGCGGUCGUCGUCAAACCGGCCGAGAACCUGGCGGUCAGCUUAGCUCAGAUCCAAGAGCUUUUCCAUCCGGAUGUUGGAGGGUCUUGUUCCACCUCGGUUUCGCUGCAGUUCGAGCCUCCGGACGCUAUGGAGCGACUAGCAUCUUGGCUGGAGGCCUUGAGGCACGCCACCAAGUUCUCUGACCAAGUGGCUGUCCUGGACCAGAUAUUUGAGGACGGAUGGGCGUCUACGUCUAACGUUUGGUUAGCACUGGGGCUCUUCCUAACCUUCCCGCCCUCCUCGCAUUUGCUCAACCGUAUUCGAAAACAAUUGACCCAAACUUCAGAGGUCGACGCCCUUAGUCGCCCUUUGGUCAGUAUUUUGACCGUUUUAGCCCGCCAAAACGAGUCCAUUUUAGGUCCGGCCUUGGGUCGAUGUCUGGAAAGCGGGCCAAUUACCAAACAGAUCGUCGUGGCUGCUUCCGAGCAAUUUAUGCCCUUGGUUCUGAAUCAGAUUUUGAGCAUGAAUCCGGGAGUUUUUAAUCAAGAGCCCCAGUUCACAUCCUUGAUCCGUGCAUUAGGCCAAUUGUCUUCCCUGGGGAAUAUUGACCCACCCCCGAAAUCUACUCUUAAGGCAUUGGCCGAUCUGACACGAGCCCCAGAGACCUCCAUGGACCACAAGCUCAAUUUUUGCUUACCGGUUUGUCGUUGGAUGCUGCUCACCCAUGAUGUCUUGAUUACUUGCCAAUCUAUGGUUGCUGAUCUGGAACUGGACCACGACCCAAGCGCUGAAGUGUGUUUUAUACAAGCCUUUAUAGUGAGUUGUAGGCCUAAAAUGUUUCGUGAACAAGGUCCCAAAGCGGUGGACAGGAUUCUAGUUCUAACAAAAAAGCAUCCAAGCGGACCUGUGCUUUUGCAAGUCUCUCGAUUUGCUGUUCAGUUCCUCAAGAGAAUCAAAGCCGAAUUUACUUCGUCGUCUGAUAUGGAAAUGGAUCUUGAAAAGUGCUCCUCUCAGUUGGAAGAUCUCCUGUGGAUCCUGUUCGAAUCGAAAAUCGAGAGCGUCCGACACAACACGUGCAAUGCCUUAGCUGCACUGAUUUCAAUCCUGCAACACAAGGACAAGCAACAUCUGGAUGGAAUUCUCCGCAGGAUUGUAUCCAUGAACUCGAGAUCCAAGAUCAGAUGUCUAGCAUUGCUUCAAGUUCUCAAAGCUCUGCCUUGGACUGGAACUUUGGACAAGCUUCUAGAUGAAUCCAUUCAGAAUGAGGUUACGGCUUUGUUUGAGGACGUACAUCUCAAGAAAUAUGCCAUCGAGCUCUACGAAGCAUUAUUGGUCUCCUCCCAUCAAGGCUCGACGGAAAGUCCCCAGGAAUGGCGGGAACAUUGGCUUCCUCCGCUAUUUCAGGCAUCGCAUGAGCCAGAAAUCGAGCACCUCAUUACCAAAGUCUGGCGAUUAUGUCCGGACUAUUUUGACAAUGUGAAUUCAACCCAUCAACCUACAGACAGUGAUCCAAAAUCUCAGAAGAUUUUCCUCCUUGUGAUCAAAAGUAAAAAGAGCUCGAACAAAGCCAAGUACGAGGAUUUCCUGGAUUUGAAAGUUUAUGUCCACUCAUUCCUGGCUUUCAACGAUGACGUGCGACUCUUGGCUUUUGAAAGCCUUAUAACUUCACGGAAAGGAGCCGAGCCUUACACAAAACGAGAACUUGAAAUUGUUUUGAAGCAAAGCAUGGAAAACAUGAAUUUGGAAACAAAUUGGGCCAAAGAGCGAUACAUGUCUCUAAAUAAGAAGUUUUGCUGCAGACUCUCUGCGAGUUGGGACGCAAUGGUUAAUCAGAUGGGUCUGGAUUACCUUUCUGCGUUUGUUCAAGAUCUACGGAAGAUUUAUUUCCAAUCUCUGUUUCCCGAGGCCAAUCCUCCUCGACGAGCGAUGGCCUUAGAGAGUAUACGAAUCGUUAGAGAGGCUCUUUCCAAGCAAUUUCAACCUGCUCGAGACCAAUUCGAAGGAAGCAUACUAAUCAAAGUCUUAGGAGACAGUUUUGAAAGCAAUAAAAGGCUGGCUUUGAACCUGCUGCAAGAUUUCAACUCUGACCAAUUAUCCUUGGCUACCUCCAGCCAAGUGGGUCCCAUCAUUGACAAAUGUCGAAUCAUGCAGAGAUCAACGAAUCCGGCGCAUUCGCUAGAAGCGGCAUAUCUGGUGCUGCUCCUCUCCAAACAAUGUGGAUACAAACAGUACCUCGGAAUUGAAGAUGCUACUCAAGAGGAUGUGAUCACGUUUACAAUCCAGCGAUUGCUAAGAGACUUGACCGAUCAACUAUCAGUUGCACGAUCAAAUUUGUCCCAAGCCGCACAAACUCAUCCAAUGUAUGGUGUGCUCCUUAACUUGCGGAUGUUUUUCGAAUUCAAAUUGAUAUCCAAGUCCGGUUGUUUUGGAGAUGAACUUGAAGCCCUAUUCAACUUAAUGACUGACAUUCAUGAGGUGAUUCUUCCUGUUUUACAAAGCGACGCUCCGGAGGGUGUGACAUUCGAAACAGAUGCUUCCAGUAGUGACGCCCAAGCUUUAUUGUUAUGUGCAUGGAGAACCAGCAAAGAAAUCAGUCUUCUCAUGACAUCCCUGGCCAAGGUGUAUCUCUUGACCAACCAGCACGAGCACUUAUGUGGGAUCUUCCGAUUUUUAUGCGAUUCUCUGUCGGUGUUGAAGCAUCGCGGAGCCUUUGAACAAGCACAUCUUGCUUUUGCUACUCUCUGCCAAGCAUUGGGCGGCUCCAAAAGACUGAAAAGUUUGGUCGACACGGAACUUGCCAAGGUCCUCCAGGCCAUCUCCAAUGGAGAGAGCUUGUGCAGUACUCGACGAAGUGCCGGGUUACCAUUCUUGAUAUUGUCCCUGGUGAGUGCUCAAGGUCGAGAAGAUCGAUCAGGAACACUUUCGUCGGUGAUGCAAUCUUUGUUUUCGAACGCAGAGGAUCCGGACAUUCCUGUAGCAUCACGAGUGAACGCCCUGCAUAUUUUAAGAGCUUUGUUUCGAGCCAAUGCCUUUGGUGACGAUAUGUAUACCUUUACUGAGCAGGGCCUAAUAACCACGAUAUCCGGAUGCAACUCCAACUUGUGGGAGAUCAGAAAUGCCUCUACCCUAAUGUACAGUACACUGGUCACACGCAUCUUUGGUGUGAAACGCGACAAAGAUGAGUUUUCGCAAAAAAAUGCCAUCACAACCAGGAUGUUCUUCCAAAAGCACCCAAGACUCUUUCACAUUUUUAAAGCUAUGCUUCAGAACUUGGUGGAAUGCUUGGACAAAGGUCGAGGAUCAACUUGGCCUCAAGAAUCGGUUUGUGUGCCAAUCUUGGUUUUGUUAGCCAAACUCAAACCCGCGCCGAUUUCAACUGGCGUUGAUCAAUUCCCGAUGACAGAAUACCUUCCCGUAUUGUGCCAAUGUGCUGGAAGUUCUAUUCAAAGGGUGCGUGAGUUGUCCGCUCGUUGCUUAAACCUAUUUGCCACUUCCCCUGCGUCACAUUUACAUGCCAACUGGCUCCUGGAUUGGCUCAGAUCACCCAAUCUGGACCUUUGUCCUUCGAAUACCACCAACCAACUCCAUGGACGACUAUUGAUAGUGGAAUACUUUUUACGAUUAAAUGGGCUGGAAUAUACCCGGGACAAGGAGCAGUUUGGUCGUUGGUGGCUGGAGAUCUUAUGGCAACGGUUUGAUGGCUUUGUUCUCCUUCUACGUCAUCCUUCGUUUAGUCUCCGAUGUGUGGUGUGUCGUAUCUUCUUCCAUUCCUUGGAACUGAUCCAAUUCGACGAAUCGACUCGAACACCAGAUAUGCUCUUAGAACUGAAUCGUGGGUUACUUCUUCAGCAUGAAAACCUAAUUGCAGAUCCUGAGUCUUGUCGGGAUAUUGCAGCAUUUCAUUUCCGAUCUCUAACCGUUGACUUAUUUGCCGCUAUUGCCCUUCGGUUCGAGGUCAACCUUGAAGACAUGAUCCUCAUGUUCAGAUUUGGCCCUGAGAGUUCCCGAAUGAGUAUCCUUCGACAAUUGGGCAACUCGCAGUCCCACUUUGUAUUGUCCCAAUUCAUUCCUCUUUUGUUGGAUUCUUGUCUCUCAAGUGGAUCCGUGAUAUUGGAACCACAGCACAAUGAGUUUUAUGAAUGCAUCCUCGAGGUGAUCAACAAGUGGUUGACGAGAGUUGAAAGAGACAAUGUGAAAAAUCUCUCGAGCUCUCAUUUGAAUCGAUUACAAGAGCUCGUCACCAUUUCUAUAAAUAGGGAGACAAUGAAGGAGCAAGAAGACGAAGAAGCAGAAGCAACAACGGCAAGGGCUCUAGAAACUGAGGACAAGAGUGCCAGAUUGAUGUGGUUUUCCCCACAAUUGGUUUGUUUGGCAUCGAAGUUGAAUUCUUGGAAUAAGAUCAAUUCGUCCGCAUUCUGGGAUUUCUUACUACAAGCGACAUCUCAUAAUGGUCUGGACACGGAUGAACAAUCCGCUCUGGCCAUUGUUCAAUGUCUUCAAUACUUUCACCAACAAACGCAAAACCCGACGCUUCUUGAUUGGCAGGAUUCCCUAGUGUGGUAUUUGGUUCUGACUUUGUGUUAUCAUAAUAAUUGGAACGUUCGAAAUGCCAUGUGUCAGUUCUAUCUGGCAAUGUUUCCCUUAGAGUCUCAUUCGCCACCAUCGCAGUUGGGACCUAAUUUCAUUCGCAGGAUCCAAUGUAACUUUGGAACGAUUGGUGGGGUCCUGAGAUUCUUGCAAGAUCUAGCGGAUGACCACUUCCAGGAGGAACGCGACGACUCGAUUUUCGACCAAAGUGCGGCUCAAAAUUGGCGGGAAAACCAUUUGAUCAGAAGCGACCUCAAAGAAACCUGUAUGGACUUCAUUCUGAAAUCCGAUGUGGAUCUGCUAGCCCUCCAAAACUCAGCCGGGCUCUGUGAGGGUCUAAAUUCGAAGGCUGCCCUUCUGACUUAUUUUGAUACAAGCUACAAAAGUGAGACUGGUUAACAGAAUGAUGAUCUAUUUUCAA